AAUAUUUCCCAGAAGGGCUAGAUUGGUGGCCACCCUAAGCUACGACGACUCAGAGAGAUGCGCUGAGUUCGAAAACUUCAUCACUACGUUAUCUGUUAUCAAGGGAAACCCAGCUGACUUGGUGACGCCAGGUGUUUGUACGAAUAGCACGAAUACCACGAAAGGCACAGUUUGUGCUGGCGACACCGCAAUGAUUUGCAACGAUGGAAAAUGCAUUAUUGAAGAUGUACUUUGUGACGGCCAAAAUGACUGCUCGGACGGCAGUGACGAAGAUAGGAACUUAUGUGAUUGUUAUGGGAAUCACAAAUGCAGCAGCGACAACAAGUGUAUCAGUUUUAAUCUCGUCUGUGACACCGUCCUGGACUGUGAUGACGGAUCUGACGAACUAAAUUGCACAUGUGGGGCGGGGCAGCGAUCAUGUGUGGUUGACUUUGCAAGUCCAGGCAACAAAAGUACGUGCCGGAACGCCUCUUCAUUUUGUGACGGACAACAAGAUUGCCCUGGCGACGAAGAUGAAAACCCCGCAAUCUGCGGCCAUGCAACGAAAGACUCGUGA